AUUGUAGGCGAAUGAUGGCGGAACCGGAGCGGCGCUGAGCUCCUCUCUCUCUCUCUUUCUCUCUAUAGGACUUAUUUCUUUUAUUUCCCGCGACCGCACCGCUCGCUGCCCCUCUUUCUCUCUCCUCUCUCUCCGCCUCUCUCUCUCCUCUCUCUCCCUUCUUCCACGGCGCGAUGGGAAACGAAGCGAGCCUGGAGGGAGAGGGCGAGGCUCCAGGCUCAGUUUCAGCAGCGCCGGGCGCUGGACAGUUCAACAAGCCGAGCAACGGCGCGCCCGGCGGGGGACCGGCUCCGGGAUCCGUCCUGCAAGCCAACAGUAUCCAUGGCAAACCUAAUCAGACAGACAUCAGCAUGGGGCCUAAACCUGGAGGUCCGGGGGGUCCGGGAGGAACGGGACCCGGACCUGGAGCCCCCCAGCAGCCCCCUGGUUCCGCUCAGGACCACACGGCCCGGAAAAACCUGCAAGUGGACGUGGGCAGCAGUAAAAGCGGGCGUUCUCCUGCAGCGUCUCCAGGAAACAGCGCUCCCCCCUCGCCCUACGCUCUACCCCAGAUCGCCCCCAUGCCCAGCAGCAAGCUCUGCCCCAUCUGCAAAACCGCCGACCUGACGGGCACCACGGACGGGCAGCCCAACUCCAGCACCUGCACCCAGUGCCGCUCCACCGUCUGCAACCAGUGCGGAUUCAACCCCAACCCACACCUCACUGAGGUUCAAGAGUGGUUGUGUUUGAACUGUCAGAUGCAGAGGGCUUUGGGUAUGGACAUGGAGACACCUCGCUCUAAAAGUCAACAGCAGAUCCAUUCUCCAUCCCAGCCCAGUAAACCCCAACCCCAAACAGCCCCCCAGACCCCAGUCUCAGCUCCAGUCCAGCCCCAACCUCCUCCACCCUCUCAAACACCAAAACAACCAAAACCCCAACCCCAGCCCGCCCAGGACCCUCACAAACAGCCUGCACCAGAUCCUGCAAAGACAGUUCCUCUGAGUAAACCUCCAGCACCAGGCGCCGUCCCCCUGCCAGGACUGGCCAAGGCUCCAUCCCAACCGGAUUUAUCCCGUUCAGGACCUGGAGCGCAUCCCCAAACCCGGAGCGCCGGAAGUUCUCCCUCCCGACAGCCACCGCCUCCCGAACAACCUUUCGGAAAGCUCUUCGGCUUCGGUGCUUCCCUGUUGAAUCAGGCCAGCAAUUUAAUAUCAGUGGAGCCCACCCAAGCUCCAGCCCAGGGCCCAGGCCCAGGCUCCGCCCCCGCUCCGGCCCAGGCUCAACCAUCCCCCGCCAAGACACCCCAAAAACAGCCCGGAGGCCCAGCGACAGCCCCCAAACCUUCACCCCAGGCCACGCCCACUCAGCAGCAGAAGAGCAAACCCAAAGUCACCUGCCCUCUGUGUCAAACUGAGCUAAACGUGGGGGUCCCCACAGAGCCCCCUAACUAUAACCACUGCACCCAGUGCCACGCCCAGGUGUGCAACAUGUGCGGAUUUAAUCCCACACCUCACCUGACUGAGAAGAAAGAAUGGCUCUGUCUGACGUGCCAGACGCAGAGAGCCAUGUCAGGAGACUUAGGAGGCGGGGCACCUCCUGUUCCUCAGCCAAUGGGAUCUCCUCGGCCAACCGGUCCAGCCAGUCAACAGCCGCCCAAUCAGCAGAGAGGGCCCAAUCAACAAGCCGGGUUGAGGCCUACUGGUCCUCAGCAGCAAAAACCACCCAGUGCCCAAGUAAGUGGUCCUCUCCCACCUACCAAACAGAGGGCACAACAGAGCAAGGGUUCCACCCAACCAUCUCCUGCCAAGACCGCUCCUUCCCAUCCUGCAAGCAAGACUGACAUUCGCAAACAAGAGCAGAGCGUUAGCAAGAAACAACCUAUGUCCAAAACUGAGAGAGAAGGGGAUGUAAAAGCGUCCCUUAAGAAAGGAACGCAGGACGUAAAAGACCAGAAGAAAAAUAGUGACAUGCAGAAAUCUAAACACCAUGGCGAUUCCAACAAGUCCAGUACACAGAGUCUGAGCGAUACAGGCUACUCGUCUGAUGGCAUAUCAAGCUCUCACAGUGAGAUCACUGGACUAAUCCAUGAGGAGGGAGUCAAACUCAGUGAAAGAGGGAUCUCUGAUCAACGUAGUCCACCCAGCCCCUCAGAAAUCACAAAACUGGAGAGUUCCAUGCGGCCCCUCCUGGAGUCGCAGACAGGCUCGGAUCGGGGUAGGGAUCAUCACGGUGCAGACACUGGUGAUCAGCAAAGACCUCAGUCCCUCACCAUAUCACAAGACCAGUUUGAUUCUGAUGGGGAAGUAUCGGAUGACCUUAGCUGCAAGUUGCGUCACGACUAUGUUGAGGACAGCAGUGAAAGUGGCCUUUCUCCUCUGCCGACCAGACAAAAGAAGAUGCAGAAGGAGCUAACCGAUGAGGAGUUCAUGAGGAGGCAGAUCUUAGAGAUGAGUGCGGACGAGGAGGAGAUGGGGGAAGCAGAGGGACAUGUAAGGGUGAAGAAGAGCCAUAAACACAGCGGUGACCUAGGGAAAGAGAGACGACGCCUUACGCAGCAGUCCAGCAGCUUUGAGGAGGACACUAAAGGUACUGAUGGUGCGUACAAGUCCAGUGAAGCUGACGACAUGAUGGGUUCACAAGGAGGCCUAAGACGAUUUAAGACGAUAGAACUGAAUAAUACUAAUAGUUACAAUCGUGAAAUGGAACUUAGCACAGAGCACGAUCUUAGAGAACCAGAGCUUGAAAUGGAAAGCCUUACUGGGUCACCAGAAGAGAGGUCAAGAGGGGAGUACUCCUCAACUCUGCCUGCAACCACACCUAGCUAUACAUCUGGCACCUCUCCCACUUCUGUGUCCUCACUGGAGGAUGAUAGUGAUAGUAGUCCAAGUAGAAGACAAAGACUUGAAGAGGCCAAACAGCAGAGGAAAGCAAGACAUCGAUCCCAUGGCCCCCUCUUACCUACGAUUGAGGACUCUUCUGAAGAGGAUGAACUGAGGGAAGAGGAAGAGCUUCUACGAGAACAGGAGAAGAUGAGAGACCUAGAACAGCAGAGGAUUCGAAGCACAGCUAGAAAAACAAAAAGGGACAAGGAGGAACUGAGGGCACAGAGGCGUAGAGAGAGGUCAAAAACUCCCCCCAGCAACCUGUCACCUAUUGAGGAUGCUUCACCGACAGAGGAGCUUCGGCAAGCAGCUGAAAUGGAAGAACUUCACAGGUCUUCCUGCUCAGAGUAUUCUCCCUCUAUGGACUCAGAGGCAGAGGGGUUUGAAAUGGGCUCAAAGCUGUACAAGUCUGGCAGCGAAUACAAUUUGCCAACUUUCAUGUCGCUGUACUCACCAACAGAAAAAACUGCUGCAUCACCAUCUGCGAUGGAUAAAUCGCUAAAAAGUGCUGAGGAGGUUUAUGAGGAAAUGAUGAGGAAAGCAGAGAUGAUGCAAAAGCAGCAGGGGCAACAAGGGAGACAAGGGCAGCAGGUGCCACCACACUUAGCCCAUAAUCAACACUUAGGUACAGGGACAAAAUCUUUAAGCCCUGGCACAAGUCCUACACAGGUUGCAGCCCCUGUGUCAUUUUCAGAAAGAGGUAGUAGUGGAAGAGGAAAAGGUGUCAAUGAGCAACAGCAAUAUGCACAACAGAAUCAGCCCAGAAUGGCUUCUCAAACUUCCAAAAUGGGUCCUGCACAUCAAGGUCCCCAAUCUCAAGUGCGACAGCCUGCCCCUGGACAAACACAAGUAAGACCUUCCCAGGCAACACCAACUGAUGCUGGAAAUGCCUCACUAACAACUAAGAUGUUCUCAUAUUUUAAGGGUCCCAGUCCUCCUACAUCCCCUUCUACCUCCCCCACACAAAGUCCCACUCGUCCCCGUGCUCCUGGCCCCGUAUCACCUGCACCAACCCCUCAAGGUUCCCACAUUUCUCAACGACCUGGAGCACCACGUCUCGCAAGACAACAAUCCUCACAAGAUUCUCCUGUCAUGGUCAUAACACUAGCAGGCACCCAGAGUCAACAAACCAAACCAGUAACUGUAAAUUCCUCCACAUCCCCUCUAUCUUCUCCGACAAAUAAUCGGCAGCAGCCAAUUUAUCAGACCCAGACUCCAAAAGCAAGCUCUAACUCAUCUUUACAACAGUCACAGCAGAGCUUUCAGAGAGCACAAAUUGCUGAAAGAGUCACUGUUGGUGUAAGUACUGCCACCACUGCAAGCUCCCAAAGCCAUAAAUCCCCUGUUGAGAACAUAUCAUUGUGCAAAAUCUCCACUGUCCCCGGAACCUCUAGAGUUAUUGAGCAAGGAACAAUGGCCCAAAGUGGUAAUGUAGUGGAUCUUAGAGCACCAGUGAAGCCUACUCCAAUCAUCAUGACAGACCAGGGUAUGGAUCUGACAUCCUUGGCUUCUGACACACGAAGGUAUUCCCUUGAUUCAGACCAACCCCCAAGUCGUCACACUGCGGUGCAACCUCUAAUAAUGAACCUAAAUGCCCAGGCUCAACCACAUGUUACAUCCUCCACACCAACAACAGUAAGUGUUACUGUGGCAGCAUCUAUGUUUAUAUCACAGCCUAAGCACCCGGUGGUUUACGGAGAUCCAAUGCAGAAUCGAGUUGACCUGGGACAAGGCGUAGGGUCAGCAGUUUGCCUUACUCAGACCAGACCAGCUAUAACAGACCCAACAAUUCCAAAGAUAGAUGCAUGUCUUGAAGAUUUGGGUAUCCAACAGCAGCAACUUCAAAAGCAGCAGCAGAAGCUUCAAGAGCAACAACAACUUCUUGAACAGCAGCUCCAGCAGCACCAACAAAAUACAUCUUCUUUUGCACGGUACAACUUAGCCAACCAAGUCCAACCGAUACUGUUGAAGAAAGACUUAGUAGCCAGCCAAACAAGUGGUGGAGGCACGCAAACAGUGGUUAGUUCUGUUACAAAGGUUUCGCCACUUCCCCCACAGUCUUUAACAGGGUCUGUGUCUUCCACACCUACUCAUGGCCAUGAUAUAUAUGGUGGCAUAGCUUUGGAACUAAAGAAUAAGCCUACUGUAAUGAAUCUUUCUUCAGGAACCCCCCAUGUAAUGAUGGUGCAGUUAGAUGAAAGUAGUUCAUCACAAGGGGGUACAGUUACCCAAAUAGUUAAAAACGAGGAGCCACCUCCACCGCCAGCCCAAGAAGUCCUAGAUCUCACUGGACAGAUCAAGUCAGAGAACCAGGUGGCCUGCUGUGAUGUUGUGUACAAGUUGCCUUUUGCUGGUAGCUGUUCAGGUCCUUUUGGUCAGAGAGGUAAGACGGCUACUUCAGAGCCCAAUCCAACUCCUGAUCCCACCCAAGCUUCUCAUCAACAAUCCCAGCCAGGAAAAGAUGGUAUGACAGAGGAGCCUAAACCUUUCACAAUGCCUCCUCCUGGACGGAUUCCACCGUCAAUGUCAGACACAAAUCUUGCAGAAUCAGGACUUCAGUACUACCAGAGGGCCGAUCCUGGGGAUUUAGCAGUGGAUUUAAGCUCUAUGAAACAAGCAUAUGAACAAGGCUAUCUGGGAAUGGGUGCCCAAUAUGGAUCCUACACAGACUUACGCCAUCAAGGAGAAGUUUCAGCUCCACCUUUACCUCUGCGAAGAUAUGGCUCCAUGUCCAACAUCAGUGGAGACUAUGGAUACCCUGCUCGUGAUGCAGCAGGUUUUCAAGAAUCAAACCUUGCCCAGUACAGUGCCACCACUGCCAGAGAGAUUAGCAGGAUGUGUGCUGCUCUAAAUUCAAUGGAUCAGUUUGGAAAUCGUUAUGCCAACAGCCCAGAACUUCUUCAGUAUGGUGUUGGAAGAGGAGGUCCGGCAGCAAGGCUAGGCCUGCAACAAGGCCUGGCUUCUAUCAGGGCCAAUCUGCUCUAUGGCCCAGAUGGAAGGCCUACUGCACAUGGUCAAGUACUUACCAAUCUUAUCAAUGCUAGACAGGCUAGCUUGCGAGCCUUAUACCCGCCUGCCGUGAGGACUGCGGACGGCAUGAUAUACUCUACCAUCAACACUCCUAUAGCCUCUACUUUGCCAAUCACAACCCAGCCUGCUCCUGUAUUAAACCCCAUGCUAAGAGGAGUCUAUAGACCUUAUCCUCCAGGCAAUGUGACUGCUGUUCCGCUGGCUAGCCUUACUAGAUUACCUGCUGUUACUCCAAGGAUGCCUCUUUCCACACAAGGACCUUAUAGGUAUCCCCCUCCAAACCGCUUCCCAACAUCUUCCCCAGAUUCUCUCGCAGGAAGCAUACCUCCAACAAGUACCUCUCAAGAGACCCCUGUCUAUCUUGGCAAGCCCACAGUACCUGGCACAAUGCCAACAUCUACGACAUUGCCACCCGCUCAACCUGUUACAAACUUUCAGGGUCAGUGUGCACCUAUAGUCAAUGCUUCAACUAGUGCUGUGCCGACUCAACCAACUAUGUUAAGCCAACAGAGUUCUCAGAGUCACAUUCCAGUAAAUGGCACAAUAGUCCAUCCUCCUAGUCAGACUCAAAUUCCAAUUCGACAGCAAACGCAGCCACAAACCCAUCCUCAAGCCUUCACUAAAGGUCAAGAUUUGUCCCAUUCUCAAGGCCUGUCACUGUCUCAGACACAGUCCCACUUAUCAGUGCCACAGUCACAGCCACAGGCAGAUUCAGCAGCAAGCGCCAUCAUGACAACAGCUACAGACAAGGAAAAGGAGAAAGAAGAAGAGCGCUUAAGGCAACAACAGGAGCAGCUCCUGCAGAUGGAGAGGGAGCGCAUCGAGCUUGAGAAGCUUCGCCAGUUGCGUUUGCAUGAAGAGCUGGAGAGGGACCGCAUAGAGCUGCAGAGGCACAGGGAGAAAGAACAGAUGCUUGUGCAGCGUGAGAUCCAAGAACUUCAAACCAUCAAGCAGCACGUUUUGCAGCAGCAGCAGGCUGAAAGAGAAACACAGCUUGUGAUGCAGAGAGAGCAGCUAGCCCAGCAAAGAAUGCAACUGGACCAAAUUCAUUCCCUGCAACAGCAACUCCAGCAGCAGCUUGAAGAGCAGAAGAGGCAGAAGACAGCAGCCGUUGAAGCAGCCGCGGCAGUGGCAGCGGCAGAGGCAGCUGCCGCUUCGGCGGCUGCUGCCGCAGCAGCCACGACUGCACAAGGUGCCAUUCAAGGUAUAAUGGUUGGCAGUUCACCUCAAGCCAUUUCCAUCCUCUGUGAUCAGAAUGGUAGAGUUAUUCAACAAGAUGGCCAGAGUGUGCAGUUUUUGCCUUGUGUGGAUGGGCAGAUGAUGCAGGCGUUGGUGUCCGCAAGGUCUAUACCCAGCUCUGCUUCUGAAAUGUCCUUGAGGAACAGCGAUGAUCAGAGGAGUGGCCGUACUAUGAAGAAGCAGAACUCAAUGCCUCGCUUGAGGGACGAUUCUGAGGAAGAACCUGUGAAAAGGAUCGCAGACAGUAGUGUCCAAACUGAUGAUGAAGAUGGAGAGGAUCGGUUCAUGUCACGCCGCAGAAGGACCAGGCGCAUUGCUGACUGCAGCGUUCAGACAGAUGAGGAGGACCAGGGAGAGUGGGACAACCAGCCAGUACGACGACGGCGCUCAAGAUACUCCAAGCACUCUGAGUCAAGUGCAGAAGCUAAAGCUGAUGCUUCUAAAGUGACCUCCAGCAUAGCCAUCCAGACCACUAAUGACUCCUCGUGUCAAACAGAAACUGAACAACUGGGCAGAGUCUCCCCAGCUAUUCACAUCACCAUGGCUGAGACAUCCAAGGUUGAACUUCUACACUACAUCUCUGCUCCAGAGAGGACAAAGAAGGGAGAGAGUUUGGCCUGCCAGACUGACCCAGAAGCCCAGUCUCAAGGUGUGGUUGCUCCACAGCUCAGUGUCCCCACCACAGUCAGUCCCUACUCCACCAGUUUACAGCUGGUUGGUGCAACCCCAACCAAAUUUGAGAGGAGGAAGCCAGACCCACUAGAUAUUGGCUUACAGGCCCAACAGCAGAACGAUGCACGUGGACCUCCCAAAUCCCCACAGGUCCUAUACUCCCCCGUGUCUCCUCUGUCCCCCCACCGCAUGCUGGAGACUACCUUUGCCUCCAGUGAGAAGCUUAACAAGGCUCAUGUCACACCCCAGCAGAAAGCCUUCACUACUGAGUCACCCCAGCGCCAUCAGACAAUUCCAAGGCCCAUAAAGAGUGUUCAGCGCUCAAUGUCAGAUCCAAAGCCCCUCAGCCCAACUUCAGACGACCCGUCCAAAACCAAAUUCUCUCUGUACCAGAACCAGAACUCAUCGAGCAGUCAGAUGUCUUCCCUGCAGCAGCAAAACGCCAUGAUGAGAAAGGUGAAGCGAACCCUCCCCAGCCCCCCUCCAGAUGAGACACCUCUGCCCAUAGUCACCCCUGCCAUGCCCCACAUGUACAGCUCCCCGGGGAUGUCUCAGAGGGUACUGCCUCGUCCAGUGCAGGGCAUCACCAAAGCCGGUCUUCUGAGUGACCUGAAAGCCGUUGAACAAGAGUCCACCAAGCUACGUAAACAACAGGCAGAGCUGGAAGAAGAGGAGAAGGAGAUCGAUGCUAAGCUACGCUGUCUGGAAAUGGGGAUAACCCAGCGCAAAGAAACGAUGGUGAAAGAGCGAGAAAGACGAGAGCUGGCCUACUUGCGCAGCAUGGGGGAUGCGCGGGACUACAUGUCCGACAGUGAGCUGAACAACCUCAGGUUGGCUGGGGUAGCGACGGGGACUUACGACGGGAAUGCAAUGCUGUCACGACCAAGCACAGCCCCUCUCAACCAGUUCACUUCUGAUCUAAACUCAGCUUCCCAGUACCUGCCCACGUCCUCAUACCUCCCAUACCCAUAUCCUCAGCCUAGUCAGCCUACACCAACACAGCCACCUGCUGCAGCCUAUCAGCAGAUUGGAUUUCAGCCACCGCAGUAUCCAGCCCCAUCACAACCCCAACCAGGCACCUUCCAGCCUCACCCACCUCAACCCUCAUCUUACCAGCCUCAAGGAGCUUUCCAGAGUCAUGGUUACAGCCAGUCUUCAUAUCAGACUGACCUAAGCUUGCAGCAACCCAGUCAUCAGGGCUUCCAAUCCGCUGCUUCACCUUUACCUGGGCAGACUUUACCGUACCCAAGCCAGAACAUGUCCUUCCAGCCCCAGUCAGAUCUUCUUUCUGUCCAUCAGAUGCCACGACAGACAUCGUUGGCUGAUCUUGAGCAGAAGCUGCCAACAAACUACGAGAUCAUCAGUAACCCAGCAGUGUCCGUUGCCAGCUCAGCUCAGGAGACCGGCUUCAGUGGUGUAUAUUCCUCACCCUUAACAAAUGCUUAUGCUCCAUAUCGAACCCCUGACCAGAUGCUGACUGACCGCGUACCGAGUCCUACGUCUGGAUAUGGCACGGAGGGUCUCUACGCCUCAAACCUAGAGCAGAAUAUCCCCAGAAACUACGUCAUGAUAGAUGACAUCAGUGAACUUACAAAGGAGAACAUGGGCUCUUCUGAUAUGUCAAGGGCAGGUUAUGGGAAUGAAAAUGGACCUCGUGGAACAUGCUACGGACCAGAAGAUCCCUAUGGAAGAUCAGCCGACGGUACUGGUUACCACCAGCAGGGUGGCAUGGACAGUCACGGCCGACCCAAUGCAUCCGUGAGCGGUGGCUCUUCGGCUUAUUAUUACGACGACUACAAGCACGGCUCUCGCAGCAGUUCAGGAAUGGGCAGCCAGAAGCACUCAUCCAAGAACUUGGCACCAGCUGUUGUGUCCUCCAAGCGUAGCAAACACAGGAAGCAAGGAAUGGAGCAGAAGAUUUCCAAAUUCUCCCCCAUAGAAGAGGCGAGAGAUGUAGAGUCUGACCUGGCUUCUUAUACAAUGACAACAUCAACAGGUGGCAGCUGCACCAUUGUGUCCAGGACAGGAGUGAAGAAGAACGUCUACGACCAGCAGAAGAACUACGGCUCUCGAGAUCGCCUGGAUGAGGAUGAUCGUCUGUACAGCUCUGGAAGGUCCAGGUCUACAGGGUACGGCAUGGACAAGAUCUCUUCCAGAGAUUCAGCAGGUCACAGAAGUAAGUCUUAUGAAAGAGACGCAAUGGAACGAUCGCAGAGGGGCACUCACGGCCGCAGUGGACGUCCAUCCAUGCGCACUCAGAACUCUGAGGAAGAGAGUCCACUCAGUCCGGUAGGCAAGCCUAUGGGUAUAGGACGUGUACCAGACCCACAUGAUGUGAGAAAUCAGUAUGGCUCUAGCCAUUCUCUGCCUGAUGUGCAGGACCAUCACAUGAGGGACAUCCCCAAAAGCCAAGUCUACAAGCCGGAUGACCCGUACCUAGUGGACGAUAUGCACUGUGCUGUUUCUGACAGUGAAGCAUAUCAUUUGGGUCAGGAAGAGACGGACUGGUUUGAGAAGCCACGUGAGGCUCGUUCCAGGCACCAUGGAGGUGGAGGGCAUUCGUCUACGGGUAAGAGAAGCCACGUCAAGCACACCUACCACGAUUACGAUGAACCUCCCGAGGAAGACCUGUGGCCGCAAGACGAGUACGGCCACCAGCAGCAGUCCUCCUCCACAUCUCCCCGAGACCACCGACAUCACGGUAGCAGCUCAGGACGUCACUCCUCGUCGCGGCAUUCUUCUGAAGAUCCAAGAUCCUCCCGUUCUUCCCGGUCACAUCCGAAGGACCCUUCAGGACGCUCUGAAGGCCGUGGCACUUCUUCUUCUUCUUCUUCUUCCGGGAAAAGAUCCUCAGAUCCUCGAUCUUCACAGUCAGGCUAUCGGGAUUCGGGCGACUACUCCCGCGACCCUGCAGCUGGACACCACCACACGUCCAGUGGCCAACGUGGGCAAAGGCAGUCGGGCGCGUCCAGGCGGCAAGAAUCUCCCGGGUCCAGGCAGCAACAGCAGCAGCAACAGCAGCAGCAGCAACAAGGUCCAGGAGGUCAACAGCAACCACCACAGCAAGGCCAGCAGCAGCAGCAGCAGAGGUCCACAGCCCAGCCAACAACUGGCAGGCAGCCUGGAUCUCAGCAACCUGAACCUGGACAAGCUGGCCAGCAGCCUCGCUCCCAACAGCAGCAGAUGCAGCAGCAGCAGCCCGGCCAACAGCCAGCAACCACAGCAGGUGCACCUCAGCCCACGUCCUCAGCCACAGGUGCUGGUGCUGGAGCUGCGGCCGCUCAGCAGCAAGCUAAGCCAGGUCAGGUUUCAGCACCAGGCCGACAGCAGGCUGGAGGACCACCUGCACCUCAACCGGCUGCUGCUGGGGUGAAGAUGGAUAGCGCUCCUCCAGCUGCUGUGCCAACUCCUGCAGUUGCUAUUGGAUCUAAAGCUGUACCCCAGCCUGCCAAAGGCCCUACGACUCCUGCCAUAUGCAUCGGCUCGAAAGCUGCCCCCAGGCCUGGUGGGAUCGGCAGCGCAGCCCAGCCUGGACAGCAACCCGCCGAGGGAGAAAAUGUUCUUACCAAAAUCCUGCAGGGCGGCGCUGCUGAGCAAGCAGGAAAACUGGGAGACGCUGUAUCUGCUCUCGGGAAGAAGUUUACAUCGUUUUGGUGAGCUGCUAACAGGAGGGGUUUAUGGUGGCUGAGGGGAGGAUUAGGACUGGAAAAAAAUCUUCUACAACUGUUUCUGCAAUUUUACAUCAGAGGAUGGAGGACACCAAAGGGCUCCGUCACCGAACCAAUCAGGAGGGGAAUCUGCAGGAUGCUUCAUCAGCAGAGAAGAAGCUGGAUGUACCUCGUUCAGCACUGAAGUCCCCUGACAGCGGGAUCUCGGCUCGCUGGUGAAAGUUUGGAGGCUGCUGAAGGCGAGAGGGUGAAGAAGCGGUGGUUUAGAGGGGCCAGCUGUUCCUCCUCGUUAUAGCUGUGUGUCACUUUACCUGUACAGCAGUAGAGGAGGAGUUCAGAGAAGGCGGCCCCUCAGACCACACCUGCCGAGGUGAAGACGAACAUCAACGACCAGCGGUUCCCUCUGAGCUUCCUGUUACAGUCCUCAGAACACCACGCUGCCAUAUCUCACCAUCAACCUCCACCACACACACACACACACACACACACGUCCUACAGCACACUGCACUGUGUGCACAGAGGGUUCACUAUCAGGACGUCUGCACUGAAAAAAGUAGUGCAUUAAAUUUAUUUUAUUACAGAAUAGAUUUAGUAUUGUUAUUGGAGCAAAACCAACAGCAUAUCAUAUCAUAUCAUAUCUCCAAAACAGUACAUUUACAGGAUGGAAAAUCAGUUAAAAUUAACAUUAAUAUGGUUAAUCUAAUACAUCAUAUCAGCCCUGUUAUCAGAUCAGUGAGGAAAGGGACAUUUAGAACUGUCUCAUGUCAGCAGAGCUUCAGACAGUAUUUUCUUAUUUGAACUGUGUGGUACUUCACAGUAUUUAUAGUAAUCUGUGUGGGUUGUGGUCUCCAAAUCUGCGCACCCCCAAUUCGCCAGUCCAUUUCCUCACUCAGGGUUGCCAGGUAUAGAAAACACAACAGCACUCAAACUGUGUGCCGCAGCCAUGGAAACGGGUGAGCUGGCUAUUUUUCUGCUGAACACGGGUAAUAACUGAGCUUCAGUAAGGUUGCUUACCAUUGCGUAGUAGAGAAGGGCAUUUUGGACACUGCAACCGUACAUAUAUAUAUAUAUAUUUACUGAUCACCUACAGAUUAAGACUCAUGUAGGUGUCAGUGUGUGUCAAUCUGGCAACCCAUGUGAACUUUGCUUCUGGGAAGGAGUGGGUGGUGCAAAAAACUCCACUGCAUUUAUAAAUGAUUAUUAUUUUAAAAUUUAAUUAUAUAAAAAAAUAUCCAAGCUUUUGAUUUAGAAUAGGGAGCUUUUUCCAAAAUGAAAUAUACAUCACUAGUACAUACAAAAAUAUCAUUGUUAUAUCAUGACAAAUAGGAUGUACAGCAUUUUAGAAUGAAUUUCUGUCCAAGCUCUGCCUCUACAGUAUAUUAACUGAAUAUAUAAUGUACUUAUAAAUCACAUCAACACAUAUAUUUUAUAUAUUUCAUAUAUUUGACCAUAACUGUGUUGAUGUUUUAUUAUAAAAAAAAAACAAGGAAACUUUUGAGACACAUUGAAAUCAAGUAAAUUAGGUAAAUUUACUGUAUUACUUUUUUCAGUGUGGACACUAAAAUAAGACAAAACUACUGAUAUCCAUCUAUAACAUCAACACACUCACAGAAGUGUGUGUCAGAUGCUCAUCAUGCUCAGGUGUCCUCCCUAACACACACACACAUGCAGAAACAGUUCUGGGAGUUGUUUUCCAGUCCUAAACCUGAACCUAAAACUUUCUUCAGACUGUUGUAGCUGAGAUUUUCCCCACAGCGGCGCCGAACGUUGUAUUUCUUACGAUCUCGACAUUCCAACAUGGCGAUGAUUGACCUUCUCUCUGAAUGUUUUCUGCUUUUUUAUUUCUUCUUCUUCUUCUUACGUUCCUUCCUCCUCUCCUCUCCUCGACCUGUUUGUUAUGUAUGUACCGAAUGCAAACGUGUAGAGUGUAAAGUGUGGACAUGGGACUGCACGCACAAAAACGUAGAUAUCUACUAUAUAACCCCAUAUCUAACCACCUUCUACAUGCCCCCAACAGGGGGGAGGGGCCACUGCGGAGUGUGUAAAUAUAUAUAUCAGAGCCAGAUCAUGUAAUACAGAAGAAUCAGAAGCCUGUCUGCUUGGUCACUUCCCUCCUUUAGCCAUUAUCAAGCCAUCACUAGUCGAUCGCAGAGCCCGGAUCUGUCGCCGUCACAAUUUUAGGUGUCCAAGCACCUAACCUUGCUGGACUUUUCCUUCUGGGUUUUUUUUUACGGCUCAUCUCGAUAGUUUCUUAUCACGUUUCGUUGGCCUGAUUUACUCUGAUUUACUUUAAGAUUUAAAAGCCUUAUUCAUAUUUUUUUACUCGUAUACCUCGUGUUUGUUGUUGUUGUUGUUUUUUUUUUAAAAGCUCUGAAUCAUCCUUACUUGAUUUAUUUUGCACAGCUGUAUCUUACUGUAAAGAGAAUGAUAUUGUAAAUCAUUUGUGUAUUUAUGGAUUUAUAUUUCUGGGAUCUUUAUUUAUUUUUUUGGUGUUGUCAAUUUGAUUAUUUAUACUUUUUCGUGUCAUUUAUGAUCAAUUAUGAUCGGUCAUAAUUUUUUGGGGGGGUUGGUUGUCGGUUUCUUAAAGCAAUAGCAUGCAGAUAUAGCUAUAGAGCACAAUUUAAUUGUUGUUCAGAGUGGUUCAGAAAUAAGUCUGUCAUCAUUGAUGAAGCAUUAUAUAUGUCGGUGGGUAGCAGAGUACAUAUGCUUACAGUCGUACAGUCAUUUAAAUAAUGGUGAACGAACCUGCCCCAGACACAUACAUACAUACGACAUUUUAUUUUAUAUAUAUAUAUAUAUAUAUAUAUAUAUAUAUAUAUAUAUAUAUAUAUAUAUAUAUAUAUAUACACACACAGUCACACACGAUUGAGCUUUUUCCAUUUCAAAUUCUCUAUGCAAUGAUUCAUCCAAUAAUGUCAUUGCCACAGCAAUUCAGCAACUCCACAGCACCACCACCACAGUGUGUCGCCACACACUCAAAAUAUGGAUAUGAACUUGUUUGUAUUUAACUUCUUCUUGUAUGUAUUGAAAUUAUUCUUGAAUUUUUGGAUUAUGAUUAUUAUUUUUUUUAUUUUAGUGGCAUGUUAAUUACUGCCCCUUGUACACCCCUUGGUUUUGGGGACUAUGUUGCCAAAGGGUUUCUCGUGUUGACCGUCUGUCUUGGACGUCCACCAUCUUGUUGCUUGAAGCAUGGUUCUGCUCGGCAUCUCUUUGCCUGCUCGUGUACAGUAAAAUCUCCUCCAGCCUGCCGUCCGGCUCCUCCGUGACCGCGCGCGAACGCUCUGGUGAUGCGCUGGUUCAGUGUGUCUCCAUUGUUUCAACUGCGUUUAAUCACAUAUGUACAUUCUGAGGUUUAGAGGGUGUGUAUAGAUGAGAUGGUCACUAUGGCUCUUGUCAAAGGUCCACCUAAUAAUGUGUACUUUUGAAGCUGUUGUUCCUCAGUUGGAAAAGCUUUAAAAUCCCAUUUAUAACCCCAAUGAGAGGCUCACUGUAGCUCAGGGUACAUCACAAAACCUCAUGCACUCCCCUCCAAAAAAUUGUUAUAGCCUGAAAACAUUUGGGUUAAAUAUAAAAAAAUGAAUAUGAGACAAUGCAGAGUUCAGAAGAUAGCGCCUUCUGUCUGAACCCACCUCAAAUGUUUCUUUGAAACAAGCGUGUCGGAGGGAAUCAACAUAAAACAGAUUAUUUAUUGGCUAAAUAUUUUGCUUGCAAUCACUGCAUCAAAUUUGGGACCCUCUAACAUCACUUAACGUUUGCAUUCUUUUUAUUAUAGGUUUGGCAGUAGGGGUGGGCAAUAUGGCCCUAAAAUAAUAUCACAAUAUUUCAUGGUAUUUUUGCGAUAGCGAUACUCUUGGUGAUAUGACAAAAUACUUGGUCUAUCUGAUUUACAUCUGUUACUUAGUACACCAGUGACAACUUUCUUCUUCAGGACAAUUUAAACAGUUUACUGGCUAUGGCCAAUAUUUUUGCAGUGGCUCUGAUUGAUUUUCUAUCUUCUCUCAGCUUCACUAAAGUGAUUUUUUUUCACUUAUAGACACAUAGCUCUCUGGUUUUCAUGCUUGUUCGUCUUUAGACUAUAAAUGCACAGAUUUUGUUAGUAAUCAAUGUAUCAGGACACACCUGGGCAACAAAAUACACCUGUCAGUCAGAUGUUCCAAUACUUUUGCUGACAAAAAAAUGGGUGGGUUCAGACAAAAGAUGAUAUCUUCUGAACUGUGUAUCAGAUCCAGGAUGAUGUUGAUUUUUUUUGUCUUAUAUUACAGUAGAAAUAAAGGGAUUGGCCUCAGUGUUUCAGUACUUUUGGAGGAGUGUGUAUACAUUUAGAGUGUUAUUAAUAUACAUAUAUAUUUAUACAUGUUUAUUAAGUGAGGCGGGGCUACAGUCCUUAGGGUUGAAUGGAAUUUUACCCAGCAUUCUCUAAAGCUCCAGCCUAGCAACUGUAGCUAUGAAAGAACACAUUUGUGGGUGGAGCUUGGAUGGAUGAAUUGCAGCUCUGUGCUGUCUGAAUCCCAAAAGACUCUUUCACUUGAUUGGUUGCUACACAGCUUCACUUUAACAGUAUUUAUAGCAUUUUAAGGCGGUUUUAAAUUUAAAAACAUAUUUUAAAGGAAAAGAAUCAAUUUAUUCCAUUACUAAAGAAGAAACAGUAUAACUAAACAUGCUAAUGUGGCUAAGAAUAAUGCUAAUAGCCACCAGCUAGCAUGAUGUGUUUUGCUAUCAUUAAGUCUUAACAGUGACAGUAAAUUUGACUGAAUUUUUCCAUAGUAAUAACCAUAGUUAUUAUUAUAUUAUCUGUAAUGGUACAGUUGAGUCAAAAAAUGCCUAGCUUGCUAUACUUUUAAAUGAAAGAAAAUAGCUAACAGUUAGCAUUACGCAAAUGCCAUCAUGCUAUUCAUAAUUUUAAUUCUCUUUUUUAGCAUUUUUUAAGCCAAUUCUUCAGUUAACAAGAGUCAGAAUAUCUUCUAAUCUCAUAUCAUUAGUUUAACAGGUUGUUCAGGGGGUAGUUUAGGAUCUCUCAUACAUUUACAUGCAUUUUUAGCUGCAAGACUAAUCAUAUCAAUCAAUAUAAUCAAUAAAGAGGAAGUUUGGGAGUGUUUAUAUGCAGUUGUCACCAUGGAGACGCCAAAUGUAACCAGAGCAACCAGAGCAGAAACGAUGGUCACAGAGGCUGAACGCGGAGAUGGACAGACACGCAUGACACACUAACACACACACACACACACACACACAAAAGAAAGUACACACAAUACACAAACACACACUCCCACACACACACACACACACACUGGGACACAUGAUGGAAUCCUCACUGUAAAUACAGACUUUCACUAUUUUGUACAGCGUUUAAAUAUCAUGAGUGAAAACGACGGCCGUCUUGUGCAUCCUCACGCCGGCCUUGCUGCCAACUUUUUGUGCUUUUGUGUAUAAAAAGGAUGAUAAUGAUCAUUGUUAUAUUAUUAUGAUUAUUAUUGUUGAUUAUUGAUGAUUAUGAUGAUUAUUGAUGAAAAUAAGCAUAGUAUCUGUGGCUGGCUCUCAAUGACUGUUGAAUACAGUGAAAAAACAAAAAACAAAAAAACGGUAUUCCGAAUCCUAUUGCUCUGUGUAGAAUUUCCAUAUUGUGUAAAAAAAAUAAUAAAAAGAGAGAGAAAGGGAUAUAAAAAAUAAUAAUCUAUAAAUAUAUAUAUAUAUAUAUAUAUAUCAAAGUGGCAAAAGUUGUCUUGACUUCCAUCGUUACUUUCCGUCCAGGAAGAUUUUCUAGUGGGCAUGUGGAUCAAACGCAACUCCAAUUGGGCUUUAAAUAAAAUGAAAAGUGUAAUAAAAGAAUACAAACGGCAUCACUGUAAAGAAUGACGUUAAAAAAGUCCGAGCCGUGCUGCCGGAGGAGCAGUGGGCCGAGUAUGAGUCCAGUAUCCAUUGUGAAACCUCGUGUUCUUUUCAGUGUAUUCCUGUUCAAAGAUAGAGUACAUUCUGGUGCAUCAUGUCAUGUAAUGUGAUUAUGAAAAUAAUGGACCUGCAAUUUGUUUCCAAUCUGGAAAAAGAAUAAAGAGAAAAAUGGGAAACAGUA